AUGCCUGGCCCAAUUACCUUUGCCAGCAUCGCGAGGGAAUGGCAAGAAGAUCUGCUAUUGCACAAGGAAGAAAACAAACAUGAUACCCCAAACUACUACGCCUCCACCCCAAGUACUCUCACUACAUCGUCAACAGUCCAUAACUUCAUCACUGGCACUGGUGACAACAUAUUCAGUAGCAUUCUCCCCGCCCUUGAGUCUGCUGAAUCCGAAAUCAUCUUCAUUACCUGCUUCUGGGCUCGCUCAUCCUCCCUGUCGCAGCUUGCCAACACCCUUCGCGCUCUAUCCAUCAAAGCCCAAGCCCGCGGAGGCUGGAAACUACGCGUCCGCAUCGGUUUAUCUUCCCUCUCGCUCUUCCAGAAGAUCUUCCAGCCGCACACCAUCACCGGUCAAACCUACACGCCCUCAACAUGGGUCAAGACACUCGGCCUCCCGUCCCCAGCCGAGCUCGGCGGCCUCGACCUCGAGAUCAAAAGUGUUUUCCUCCUCCCCUUCAGCGUCAUGCAUCCCAAAUUCAUAAUCGUCGACCGCAAGAGAGUCUUCUUACCUAGCUGCAACGUGAGCUGGGAGUCCUGGUUCGAGGGGUGCAUUGAGCUCUCUGGGCUAGUGGUAUCGCAAUUCGUCCGCUUCUGGCUCGAAUUCUGGUCAUCGAACGAACACGAAAGAUCCCUUCCUCCGCCUCCCUCACCACCCCACCCCUCCGUCACCUCUCUACCCUCUCCUCAAUCUCCCACUCCCAUCCACCCAUCACCACUCGGUCCCGCCCACACUCACACCCCCCUCCCAACCCACUCAAUACCAACCCUCUUCCUCCCCUCCCCCCACCACCUAAACCCCCGCUUCGCCCCCUUCUCCUCCUCCCCGCCCCUAUCUCCUCCAACGCCCCUCAACACCCUCCUCCUCACGCUCCUCGCCCGCGCGAACAGUAGCAUCUACAUCCAAACCCCCAACCUCACCGCGCCCCCCGUCCUCACCGCCCUCCUGCGCGCCCUCCGCCGCGGCGUCGCCGUCCACAUCCGCACCUCCGCGCGCCUCAUGAUCCUCGAGCAGCUCGUCACCGCAGGGACUACAACUACACGCUGCGUGCGGAAGCUUGUGAGACGGCAUCGGGCGCUGCUCUCCUCCGCCACAGCUGCGCGAGAUGAGGAUGAGGAGGCGGGCGUAGGGUUGGUGGCGCCGGGGGCGUUGAGGGUUGAGUUUUUCGAGCCACUGGGCGGGUUCAGGAAGGAGGGCAUGGAGGGCGGGGAGCCGCAGCAGAGCCAUCUGAAGCUGCUGAUUGUGGACGAGGCGGCGACGGUGCUGGGGAGCGGGAACCUGGAUCGCGCGAGUUGGUACACGAGCCAGGAGCUUGGCGUGGCGUUUUUUGAUGGGGGGGUUGCGGGGGCGGUUAGGGGGGGUGUGGAGGGGGUUAUUGGGGGGAGGGUGAGAGGUUACUAUGGUUAA